ACAUACAGGUGUUUCCCAGAAACAAAACAUACCCUCACAGCCUUCUCCUACCUCACUUCUCUCUUCAAUUUCACGGAGCUCGUGUUCCUGAAACUCCCUCACACAAAUGGCGACUCUGGCUCGAUUGUCCAGAAAAACCCUAACCGCAACCUUCACCUCUCACCACCACCACCUCCUCCGACGCACUCUCGCCACCGAAGCAGCCCCAGCGGCGACGGCGAAGAUCACAGAAUCGCCAGAUCGAGUGAAAUGGGACUACAGAGGACAGAGGAAGAUCAUCCCCCUCGGUCAGUGGCUCCCCAAGAUCGCCGUCGAUGCCUAUGUUGCCCCCAACGUCGUGCUCGCCGGCCAGGUCACCGUCUGCGAUGGAGCCUCCGUUUGGAAUGGAUCGGUCCUUCGAGGCGAUCUCAACAAGAUCACUGUUGGCUUCUGCUCCAAUGUGCAGGAGAGGUGCGUCGUCCACGCAGCUUGGUCUUCUCCCACAGGACUGCCAGCAGAGACAUUGAUUGAAAGGUUUGUGACAAUUGGUGCUUAUAGUCUUUUGCGGUCUUGCACAAUUGAGCCAGAGUGCAUCAUUGGGCAGCAUUCAAUCCUCAUGGAAGGUUCUUUGGUGGAGACCCAUUCUAUCCUUGAAGCUGGGUCAGUGCUUCCCCCAGGUCGGAGAAUCCCAACCGGUGAACUUUGGGCUGGCAAUCCAGCUAGGUUUAUUAGGACCCUGACCCACGAAGAGACCUUGGAGAUUCCUAAACUUGCUGUUGCAAUCAAUGACCUGAGCAAAAGUUAUUUCUCAGAGUUCCUCCCAUACUCGACGGUGUAUUUGGAGGUUGAGAAAAUGAAGAAGUCCUUGGGGAUUUCCAUUUGAAGAUUUUUCUUUUUUUCGUAUUUGUGUAUUCAGUUACUUGGAGAUCUUCUCGAUAGAAAAUAAGCAAAUCUGAGACUCGGAAGCAAGACUUUCAUUUCUUUGUUUUGUUUGUGAUUUUUGAUUGCAAGCGGAUGAACUGAUUGCAAGUUCAAAUUAAAUGGGACUAGUGUUGAUUAAAGCAACUGCUUAGUAAUUUUUAUCUAUGCUUUCAAUUUUUCUUUUUCUUUUUCGUUUAUAGGAUUAUUGUUUGUCAGGUGUUUUUUCCCCACCUUCCUCUCAUUAUGUGACUCAGAAUAAUGUCUAUAAAGUAAUCAGCUAUGCUUCUA